CCCCAAUAAUAGCGGGACGAUUAAGCGCAGCGUAAAGUGCGCGUAUUAAAGCGAUAGGGAAUUCAAAAGCCAAAAUAUCACACAGAGCAGCGGGUCCAUCGACGGACGCAACCAAACCCGUUAGCGCCGGCGAGGGAGGAGAGAGCGGAUCUUGCGAAACCCAUUGGUUUUCGGUUUUAACGAAGAGCCGCCUUUUAUUUGACUCACAACCGACGCGGCUUUUUCCCAAGAGAGCGAAGCAAGUUUGUGUGCGUGGACGCUGUCACCAGCGGUGGGGGGACUGACUGGGUGGACACUGGUGCACGGAGGGGGUGGUGUUUGUUUGGAAGGGGGGCAACGAUCUGCUCGAACCUGGCCCUUUAAAUUACCUCCACAAGCGCUGUGGACGAGACAAGCAAAGUUACCUACAGGUGUCUGAUUCAGCUUUGGUCUUCAUCUUCUUCAUCAUCCAGAUUUUUCUCCUUUUUCCUGGCGCGAUAACCGAUGGCAGAGAAUGUCGACAACUAAUAACAUAGCGCAGGCCAGGAAGUUGGUGGAGCAGCUGAGGAUCGAGGCCGGCUUCGAACGUAUCAAGGUGUCAAAAGCUGCCGCAGACCUCAUGAGUUAUUGCGAGCAGCACGCCCGCAGCGAUCCUCUGCUGGUCGGGGUUCCCACCUCAGAGAAUCCCUUCAAAGACAAGAAGCCUUGCAUCAUUCUAUAGCCACUCUCUCUCUCUCCUCCAGCUAUCUCAGUCCCGACAGCGCCCAUCCCCGGUCAAUGGGCAAUUCAGUCCAACACUUCUUUUAUCUGGAAUCCACAGUAUUCUCCAGAAAAUAAAUGCCACACUUCUGUCAGUAAAAAAGAAAGGGGGCAAUAUCUGAACACCUAGCGUCAUGUAGCCGGGCGUUGAGUGCAUCUAUAUGAAUGAAUGUACGCACGCGUGCGUAGUGCGACCCUCAUGUCGACAUUCAUGCAUAUAGACUCGCCCAACAGGAAGUGGCAGAUUCGAAACUAUUUCAUAAGAUUAUACAGUGCUCGAGAGACUGAGAGAUGCUCCAGCAUGUUUUUCAGUGCAGCGAACGGUGACCUUAUUACCAUAGGUGAUGGAGGUGAGUGAAGUGAGACAGUCACGGUAAUGUCGACUGACUAGCUGGCUAGCCCAGUCACACUGUGGUAAACGGUUGUUCAGUGUUAACCCUGCAUUGUCAAGUUAGAUCUGCAAACUAGAUUUGUACGGCCAAAAUUGAAUCCAGGUAUGCUUACCUUUAUCGAAACGGCACAUUUCACGUUUUACAAAGGGAUUCACGACAUCAAACCAGAGUUGCCAAUAUUUUUACGUUUUCUUUCUGGUCCAUUUGUGAGCUGUAGUUUUUCUUUUUACAUGAAUAAAACACGCAUUUAUUACUUUUUUCUAAUCUUUAUACUAUACUUCAAAAUCCUCAGACACUUAGUUAUAAAGGAAUAAUUUUAUAUAGCGCAGAGAGAAAAAAAAACUAACUGUUAACGCUUUCCCGGCCUCCUUAAAAUACGAUUCUGUAUAAAUAAAUAUAAUUAAAAAAAAUAAAAACUGUUUGGAUGCAGUCAUGGUCAAAUUUGACCCCCAAAAUUUAGUGUAAGUAUAUAAGAUCCUAAUAGCAGAGGCUUGGACCCGCCCCAUUAGAUUGAGUCAUUUUAAAAUGUAUAAUCGUCCGACCCCCCGCUAAUCCUUUUCUUUAAAACCAAACUUGAUUGUAAAAUCCACAUAGAAGGUAAACGUGUACAAACUUUCUUUUGGAUAUGUUCAGAGGUGUUGACUUUGAGAAUAGCUGUUUGGAUUUGUUUGUUCCGAUUUCUUCUUUCUAUGGAAACAUGGAAUCUGGUCAUUUAGUAUGAUACUGUACAGUGUUUGAUAACUAAAGCGCAUUCAUUUUUUUGUGUGGAUGUUUUAUCUUUUAGUAAUCCUUGUGUAAUAUUUCUGUUUCCUCAUUCAUAUUUAACCUUUCAGUUUGUCCUCUUUAAAGCAAGGCAGUGAACGAAGAAAUCGAUUGCUUGCUUGUUCUCUAUUAGGGAAUGUGAACGGAUUGUUGACACUGUACACACAAUGCCUGCACGCGUAGUGAUGUAAGUACUCACGGCUUUGGUACCUGUUCGAUAGGCACACGUGUUGAGGUCGUCCACUGUUUGAAUGGCAGGAUGUUCAGUGUUAUGCAACAGGUCGCUGGGCUUGGCUCUGCCUGAGAAGUCACAUGCAACUUCGCAAGACGAGGGGGCAAGGUCAAACCACAACUCUGAAUGUUUCAUACGCACCCAGCACAUGAUCCACACUCGCCUGAAAGUAGUUGGAAAUCAGCAGCGUGCACAACAAUCCCAGAGCAGAUUUAUGCCGAAAGUUGAAUCGACCCAUUGUCCCUCUAGAUGAUGGAAAACAGCAUUGUAGUGCAGCCAGAUGGGUCUUGGGAAUGGUGUGGUACUGUAACUGGACAUAGAGGGGGGCUUGUGCUCUUCACAGCCCACAGGAUGUUGUCAUCAUAUUUAACGUGACUAAGACAUGUUGAGUGGUCAUAAGAUUGGAUGAGUCAUACGGCAGGCCAGUGAACAACAGAGAAUCUGCUCUCUAUCAGUUGGCACGCCGUGGACGGAGCUUAUUCCGUGACAUCACUUCCUGUCAAGCGUGAGCUGAUCAGCAUGUUUGGCAGAACGGGACAUUGUUAGGUUGAAGUUGGUUUUGAUCAUAGGCUAGCACAGAUGUUGGCUUCUUGAUGAAGUACGAAAAUGGUACUGAAGCGGUCACUGGGGCAGUACCUUAAAGGUCCUAAUAUGUACUGUUUAGGUACAGAUAUGUACCUUUGAUGUACUAAUAUGCAGCCUAUAGGCACAAAGGUGUACUUUUAUGAAAGGGCCCGUCCCAGUGACAGCUUUUGUACAUUGAAAGAGUUUUCUUGCAACUGAUAAGAUACUUUGGGAAAGGACAAAAUGCACCGUAUUGUAUAACGAAGGGUUGUAAUUGAAUAUAUUAAAGUAUUAUAUUUGAAACUUACUUCUCCAUUGCUAACCACAUUACUAAAGGCCAGCGUAUGGUCCACUUUUUACGCGUACGUGAGGAUCCGCGUACAGUACGCGUGGCACAAUUUUCGUCAUCAGAAGAGUGCGCGCGUACUGCAUGCGCAACGUCGGAUUGAAAUGUAGGUCGUGCAUGUACGUACAGGAGAAUGUAGUUUGUUGCCCAGAAGAUGCAUUGCAUUUUUUCGCAAUGUGUAUGCGUCCAUGCGCGUACAAGUAAAUGCGCGUACACGUAAAAGAACAGACUAUACUCCGGGCUUAAGACACUUAGAGCAGAAGUUCACAUUAGGAUAAAGCCUUUCUGGAGAAGUGCAUUAAUAGCAUAUUACACAGACGUGUAUUGAGGUUUGUUGGCGCUACUAAACGUUAAGUUUUAAAUGAAAAUAUGAAGAAGCAUGAUGCCAACCAAACUGUUAAACUCGCUCUACCAUGUUUGAUGGUAUUACACUGGAGCAAACACUGUGAAAGUCAGCUAAACUAAGUUUGCGUAUUAGAAAUGAUUUCUCCACCGUUUGACUCGCAGUUUUGGGAUGCACAGUAUUAUUUUCCUCCUAAGUAUGCGCUCACCACCUGCAUACAGUUAUAAUAAUUCUCCGAAUUUUAAAAAGACCCUGUAAUCAUUUCACUGAGUAAAUGACUUGCUAUGUUGUGAAACCCGAUGUUUGCAACAUUUUGAGCAAGGGAGCGCGUCUACUUACAAUUUGUGUUGCGUAAUGCAAGAACAUUUAAGGUGCUGAGAAGGCCAUGAUACCUUAACCUUGAUUCCUCCAUCCCAAACGUCAUUUGACUUUUCACACCGUCAUCGCUCCCUCAUGACCAUGAGAGAUGACAUUUAGGCUUUGUGUGGGUAAAAUCUGUAGCCAGUAGAUUCAAUCUCAGCCUGUGCCAUUUCUUUGUGUUUUUUCCUGUGUAUGCAUAUGUAUCUUUAUGCCUUGAUUAUGAAGAAAUAUAUCUAUUUUUUGUAAUUGUUCUUCUCGGAUGUGCCAUAAAUCAUGUUUUUCUUGCACACUGUUAAUAUUUUGUGGAUAUUGCUGUUUAAAAAUGAUGAUAUCGAAAAAGUAGAUGAAAUAAAGACAAAAUGUUACUCUGCA